AUGCCCACCAGUACGUGCACACAUACACGCUCACUCAUACACCUCCCGGCGGGCGCGUGGCGCGGCGCGCACCACGCGGCGCCCGCGCCCUCGCCCUCCUCCCGCCACGAGCGCACGCCGCCCAAGCCGCGCCGCCCCACCAGUACGUGCACACAUACACGCUCACUCAUACACCUCCCGGCGGGCGCGUGGCGCGGCGCGCACCACGCGGCGCCCGCGCCCUCGCCCUCCUCCCGCCACGAGCGCACGCCGCCCAAGCCGCGCCGCCCCACCAGUACGUGCACACAUACACGCUCACUCAUACACCUCCCGGCGGGCGCGUGGCGCGGCGCGCACCACGCGGCGCCCGCGCCCUCGCCCUCCUCCCGCCACGAGCGCACGCCGCCCAAGCCGCGCCGCCCCACCAGUACGUGCACACAUACACGCUCACUCAUACACCUCCCGGCGGGCGCGUGGCGCGGCGCGCACCACGCGGCGCCCGCGCCCUCGCCCUCCUCCCGCCACGAGCGCACGCCGCCCAAGCCGCGCCGCCCCACCAGUACGUGCACACAUACACGCUCACUCAUACACCUCCCGGCGGGCGCGUGGCGCGGCGCGCACCACGCGGCGCCCGCGCCCUCGCCCUCCUCCCGCCACGAGCGCACGCCGCCCAAGCCGCGCCGCCCCACCAGCGAUGGCGAAAAGAAGCGGCAGGGAUUAAUCCGAACAAUUCCUCGGAGCACUCCCCGUUGUACAUGCGAUAGAAAAUGCAGAGCGAGGCCACAUCUCUACGCAGCGCCAAGGAGUCAAGCCGAUCCGAAAUACACAUUUUAUAUUUUAAAAGACAAAGGUGUUGGAAAGACUGAAGAAGCAAAGUUUGAGUUAUUGAAGAAUUUACAACGAUUCGAUUCUCGGGAAUGGGCUGAUAUAUCUUUCUUUGAUAUUCAAAAGAGUUACCUAGCGGUACCAGGUUUCAAGGAAUUGGAAACAAAUGACGAAUUACGUCAUAAUGAUAAAUCAAAAUAUUUAGCAUCUUUUGAAAAGACAUUGGCUUCCUUAACUCAUGCCUUUCUUCUUCAUCGCGAUCAUACGCAAACGUGUUUGCAAAAUAUCUUGAAGUGGGCAGGACAGUGCGAAAAUAUUACUGCUGUGUCCUUAAAAGAUAAAAUAACAGAUUUGUUUGUCGAGGAUGAUAAAUACAACAAAAGCUCUAAUGAUAUUUUGCAAAUACUUUGCGGAAAGCGGGCUGAUGUUGUUUUAAAUCGUAGAAGUGAGAUUUUAAAGAAUGUAACGGAUACUGUGACUGCGGCUGGUUUUCGAAAGAUACCCCCAUCUUACGAGAAUCUGUUUCAGGCAGAAACGCUGAAGGAGUUUCUUAAAAUGAGGGUGGUUUGAAUAAAGUGUUCCCUGCUCAAAACAAACCGCGUAAAAAUCAGAAAUUCCCUAGAUUUUCGGCCACCAACAGAGGUUAUUUCCAACCUUCGGUACCUCCAUUCCGAUUUGACUUUGAAAGUAAUUAUAGUUUAGUAGCAUAGUAAUGUAUUUGCAUAACAGGCAACCAGUAUAAUGUUCACUCUGUAUACUAUUUUAUACUCAGAACGUUUUUUAUUCAUGAAAACCAACAGCAUAAUGUUGAAGGUGUGGUUUCACAAUAAAAUCACGGCAAAUCGUUCAUAAACUUUAUUUGAUUGAGUUUGCUGAAAGUUUAACAACACUGAAUUACUAAUUAUUAAAAAACUUAAACAUUAUAUUUGCAUGGAACAUAAUCGAUUAUUCUAAGCGUCAAACUUACCUACAUCCAUACUUUACGUCUGUCGACAUACCUAUAUCAUUUUACCGCA